CUCUAAAACUUUUCUACUGCUUUUUUUGCAUGUGCUAGGUGGAGAAAUCUUCACUAGCGGAUCACACUAUAUGCAUAGCUGCAGGCAUGUGCAGUGAUCUUCAGAAUAUAUUUAAGAAGGAUUACGUACCAAUAAAUCUACAUCUUUCUGGCCAAGAUGAUGUUAUUCCAGAGCAUGUGGAUUCAGAGACUCCAGGUCCAACAACUGAAGUUUUGCCUGUUCUUGGGAUUUCUCGUUCUCCUGAUAAUGCUACUGCUUUUGACACGGAAAUCGAACAUCUUCGGCAUGACAAAGACCAGACUGGUGGCAACUUCCUGGAUUUUGUUUCACUUUGGAUAAGAGGCAUUGACUCCUUUCUUGGAAGAGAUACCUUUACCCCUAUAUCGGGCAGUUUAGGAUCGGCACCAGAGCUUCCUGAGGGAAGUACUGUUGGAACUGGAGUCCUGCCAACACCUGAUGCUGCCACAUCCACUGGUCCUUUUAGGUCUGACACAGAAACACCACUGACAUUUAUAGAAGAAAAUCAAGUCGAAGAGAACACUUGCCUUUCAGAUAUUCCGGAGAUGAGUGCUGCAGAAGAACUUUCUUUUGUGGAUGCAGAUGAUACUUCACUGGUGGGUAUGAUGUAAUACAUGAUUUGUACUACUACUUUUUUCUAUCUUUUGUAAGGCUUAAUAGGCAAGACUUCAUGCAAUGAUGUUGCAAAUUUCCAUCUGAUACAGGCUUCCUAGAAACCAGCAUGAUAUAAUAUUCUGAAUAAAUGCUAAGAAUCUCUUCUCCUA